AUGCUUUCAAGAACAUUUAAACGUGCUGUGCGGAACCUAUCCACCGCCAAAUCUGCUACACAUCCCCAACUUGAAUUGACAACCCUCACCAAUGGACUUCGUCUUAUUACAGACUCAACACCAGGUCAUUUCUCGGCUCUUGGCGCCUUCAUCCAAGGUGGGUCUCGAUUCGAAGAUCCCGCAGCUCCGGGACUUUCCCACUUGUGUGAAAGAUUAGCAUGGAAGACUACAGAAAAGUAUUCAGGUACGCAAAUGUUGGAAAACUUGUCAAAGUUAGGUGGCAAUUACAUAGCAGUGGCACAAAGAGAUACCAUAAUGUACCAAGCCACCGUAUUCAACAAAGAUGUGGACAAUAUGCUUGAAUGCAUUGCACAAACUGUCCGUCAUCAGCAGAUAACCGACCAAGAAUUUGCUGAAACCGUCGAGGGGGCCAAGUAUGAAGUCUCUGAACUUCAAUACAAACCAGAACUAUUACUUCCUGAGAAAUUGCAUUCAGUAGCAUACAAGAACAACACGUUGGGAUUACCGUUUUUCAUACCCCAAGAAAGACUCGGUCUGAUUAAGAAGAAUGAAAUGGAUCAAUAUUUCAACAAGUUCUUCCAGCCACAAAACGUCGUCAUUGCCAUGAUUGGUGUCCCCCACCAAACUGCCCUCGACCUUGUCCUCGCAAACUUCGGUGACUGGCACAACUCCUCCUCCACCACCGCUGCCGCUCCUAAAUUAGGUACCGUCAACUACACUGGUGGUGAAAUCGCCCUUCCUCAUACCCCACCACUCUAUGCCAACCAACCGGAACUCUACCAUAUGCAAAUCGCAUUCGAAACUAACGGAUUCCUUCACGAUGACAUGUAUGCCCUUGCCACCUUGCAAAAGCUUCUCGGUGGAGGGUCCAGUUUCAGUGCUGGUGGGCCAGGUAAAGGUAUGUUUUCCAGGUUGUACACCCAAGUUUUGAACAAGCAUCCAUACGUCGAAAACUGUUCUGCGUUCAACCAUUCAUAUGCUGACUCGGGGUUGUUUGGAAUCACCAUCAGUCUCAUACCUGAUGCCGGUCACAUCAGUGCCCAGAUCAUAUGUAAUGAGUUCGCCAAGGUUUUGGAUUCUAAGGAAGGAUUGAACGAAAAGGAAGUCACCAGAGCCAAGAAUCAACUUACUAGCAGUUUGUUGAUGAACGUUGAAAGUAAAUUAGCCAAGCUUGAGGAUUUAGGAAGACAGAUUCAAAUGCAAGGAAAGAUCACCAGUGUUGAUGAAAUGGUGGACAAGAUUAGUGCAUUGACCGUUAAAGAUUUACGCAAUGUCGCUGAAAAGGUAUUCACUGGUAACGUAGUCACCAACGGUAUCAGUUCUGGUAUUCCUAGUGUCGUCAUGCAAGGUGACAGGAGCCUGUUUGGCGAUAUCGAGUUUGUUCUUCGUCAUUACGGAUUAGGUAAAUAUAACUAA